AUGAGUUCAUCAUCAAAUUUACAAAUAAAAGAAAAUGCACUUGAAAUAAUAAAAAAUUUUCGUGUGCCAGAUUUACAAGCUGUACUUGAAUAUUCAUGUCUUUCACGACAAGGUAAUAAACGUGAAUUAUUUCAACGUUGUAAAACGCUCAUAAGUUCAAGUUUAACUUCACAAUUAAUAAAUAAAAUUAAUCAAAUAAAUAUAACACGAAUUAAUUCAACAAGACCACAACGUUCAGCUGUAUCUCUUCCUAUAUCAGCAACAUCACGUGAUUAUCAUAAUCAACAAUCAAUUAUUUUAUCACCAAAAUCAUCAAUUGAUAAUUUACCAUCACCUAAUCUUGUACAAAAUGUUCAUUUACCUUUUUAUGAUAAACUUCGAACAAUUGAAUGCAUAAAUAUACCUGUUGAUUGGAAUAAAUUUUCUCCUUUACCUUUUAUUUUAACUGAAUUCGAUGUUGAUUAUAUACUUAAAGGUAUAGCUAAAGUUCUUCUUCGUAUUGCACCAACAAUUACAUCUGAGAAACAAAAUGAUGUUUUACCACCUUAUCUAUUCAUUCAAUGUAAUGGUCAAACAGUUAUUAAUAAUAAUAUAGCAAAAACAGGUGGUUCACAAGCUCAUUCAAUAGUAUUUCCAACUGAUAUAACAGAUAAAUUAAUACCUAAAUCAAAUAUACAGAAUACACUAAAUUAUCUUUGGCUUCAAUCACCAAUAAAUAUGUCAUUGAAAAAUUUACCAAAAUCUUAUACAUUAAAAAUUCAACUUGUUCGUUGUAUGUCAUUAGAUUAUUUAUUUGAAAAUAUUCUUAAACGUGAACCACAAUUAAAACAUGUCAAUAAUAAUGAUAGUGAUAUUGAAAUUGAAGAUAUUGGUUUAAUGGCAACACGUCAUCGUGUUUCAUUAAUUUGUCCAAUAACACAAUCAUUAAUUAUUGUACCAGCUAAAUCAUCAUAUUGUUCACAUUUAACAUGUUUUGAUUUACGAUCAUUUCUUCAAAUGAAUGAACGACGUGUACAAUGGACAUGUCCAUUAUGUAAAAAACCAGCUUCAUAUGACAAUUUAUCUGUUGAUAAACGUUUACAAUCAAUUCUUUCCAAUAUUCCACCAAAUUGUUCAACUGUUGAAAUUGAUUCAUCAACAAAAAUUUUAUCCGAUUGUCAAUAUAUAUUAGAUAAUGUUAAACAAGAAAAAACUAGUGUUGUUAUUAAUACUACUGCAUUAAAUCAAAAUAAUAAUAAUAAUAAUGAUGAUGAUGAUGAUGAUGAUGGGGAGGAGGAGGAGGAGGAGGAAUCGAUACAAAAUUCUCCAAUCAAAUCUCGUCGUGAAUCCAUUACAAGUGAUUGUGUUAUUCUUUCAUCUGGAAGUGAAAGUAAAGAUGAAAAUGAAAUUGAAGACAAUAAUACUCCAAGUAUUCAUUCAUCUAUUCCAAUAACUCCACUUUCAAAUGAUUUCUUUAAUCAAGAUAAUCUUAUUGAUGAAAUUCAACAAUUAAAUAAUACUAGUCAAUCAUACAUGAAUGUACAUCAAUUUCAAUCUCUAGCAGCAUCAAAUAUUGAUGAUGGAAGUUAUUGGGCAGAAUUAGCAAGAAUAACAUAUCAUUUAAUAUCCGAUGAUGUUAAUAAUCAUGAACAAAAUCGAAAUCGAAAACGAAGUAAUAGUUCUAUGUUAUCACAAUAUUCAAAUGGUGAUGAUUAUAAUCGUCGAAAACGAGCAAAACGAUCACCAAUUAAUACAUCACAAUCAACUGAUAUUGAAGUUAUUGUCCUUUCAUCAAGUGACAGUAGUGAUAAUGAUGAUCAUGCAUCAUGA